UUCAUAAGUCAAAUCGUACCAGCGGAAAUCCAGCCCAUAAUGGGCGUCGUUGAGCGGGAGCCAUGGCACCGUGUGAGAAGUUUAUGGCGGAUAGAGACGGCUAUUGGACUGUGUGCACGUCUGUCACAAAGCUAAACUGACCCAUCUUUCCCCUCGGUACGGAAGCCGGGAUGAGCCAAAUCGGUUACGCGGCGGUGGUCUCCACCCGAGAGUAUGGCGGCCGGUAGUAUAUCGGUGUGAGAAUGACGCGGAGAGAUGAAAGAGGAUGGAAAAGAAACACGGACUGGGAACUUAUAUUAUUAGCUAACUUUUAUUAGCGUUUGGUUUAGCAUGCGUUGCUAAAAUACGCCCAAAGCCAAUGGUAAAAUUCAGUGUCCAGUGUAUCCAGGUUUUUUUCUUAGGAGUGCCCUCGCCACAGCAAGUUUUUUUAAACCAUGCAUUACGAUGGUUAUGUUAGAAAAUUAUUAAGCACAAGUUAUUAAUUGCAAAGCUGUUUGUUUUCCUUUUAUAGGCUAUAUAUUUGCAAAUCGUGCGCCUUUUAGCAACCAAAUAUUAAUCAAUGUCGGGUCUGUCGGAGAAGAUUUCUGCAAUGAAGCCCACUUUCCGACUGAGACUCUUUGUGCUUUGGCUGUUUAUUUCACAUAGCUAAGCAGAGGUAGCAAGCAAUUUUACCUCUUUUUUCCGCCUGCCCGGGGAAAUGAAACGCAACGAUUAACUGGAAUUGGUAAUCAGGGGGCUAUUUUGUUUAAAUUUCAAUGUCGACAAUAGAGCAUUAGAAUUUUUGCUUUUCGUUCACGGAAUCAUCGUAGGGGUGCAAUGCGUGAGUAUAAAGUUGUGGUCCUGGGCAGUGGUGGGGUCGGAAAGUCCGCCCUAACAGUGCAGUUUGUGACGGGAACCUUUAUAGAGAAGUAUGAUCCUACGAUCGAGGAUUUUUACCGCAAGGAAAUCGAGGUGGAUUCGUCCCCCUCGGUGUUGGAGAUCCUGGACACCGCCGGGACCGAACAGUUCGCCUCAAUGAGGGACCUAUACAUUAAGAACGGCCAGGGGUUUAUAUUGGUCUACAGCCUCGUCAACCAGCAGAGCUUCCAAGACAUCAAACCCAUGAGGGACCAGAUCAUAAGAGUGAAAAGGUACGAGAAGGUGCCGGUGAUCCUGGUGGGGAACAAGGUGGACCUGGAGAGUGAGCGGGAGGUGUCGUCGGGAGAGGGGCAGGCCCUGGCCGAGGAGUGGGGCUGCCCCUUCAUGGAGACGUCGGCCAAGAGCAAGACCAUGGUGGACGAACUGUUCGCCGAGAUCGUGCGGCAGAUGGACUACGCGGCCCAGCCGGACAAGGACGAGCCCUGCUGCUCCUCCUGCAAUAUACAAUAGCCCCGCCCCUGGGGAGGGGGAGGGGGAGGGGGA